AGUGAGCCACCGAGCCCGGCCAUAUUUUCUUUCUUAAUCACUAUUUUUUGUAACCAUAAAAGCGUAUGUCUGUACAUUCCGUACAUAGUAGUAUAUUCUUCCCAAUGUGGUAACUAAAAUACAUUUAAAUAAAGACUAGAAUUGAAAACAAAGUUCUUCUACUGAUAAAAUACAUUUGGAAAAGUAAUAAAAAUGUUUUGAGCACACUGCUUUGCAUAUAAACGUUCAAGAACUAUUUGUUGAAUAAUGUCUGAAAGUGAAAUAUUUUUAUUUGUUCCGAAAUCCGUAAUAUUGCAAAGAAGCAUUUCAAAUUAUUGUGUCAAAUCUUCAAAUUUAGCAUUCAAAUUUUAGCGUUUUUAGACAUUUUACCCUUCAAUUUAUACAAUUUGGAAGAAAAGUAGAUGACUGGGUCAUUGUUACUUAAAACAACGCGUCACCUUGUUCUGGAGAGAAAUUAACACAAUGGUCAAGGAGUGAAAAUUAAACAUUACAUUUGCUGUCCAUCCAAUGCUAAAGUUCUAAGCAAAUCAGCACGGAGAAAAAAGGAUGGGUAGAAAUAACUGAACAGAUUAGUCUGCCUCCACAUCCACGCUGCAGGCGUUGGACAGACCCGGCUUCACCGAGUCCCCGGUGCAGGGAAAUGGACGCGCGGGCCAAGCGGAAUCCCAGGGGCGCGAUCCCACCGCCUGGCGUUCCAGCAAGCCCUGCACCCGGGGGAUCCACGCUGCCGUCGGAGUCUCUGAUUUCUUUCCGUUUGCCUGGAGACAGAACGCCGCGGUCUGCACGCGAGGGGAAAGUGCAGGAAGACCGCCGGCCCGGAAGACCCCAGUGCGCUGCGCCCUCCCCGCGACUCCACGGGCACAAAGCGGCGGCCCCGGAGCGCUGCCCGGCUCCCGCGGGGAACAGGUUUUUGAAAUGGAAAAUUAGCUGGAACGCCCAGAUCAACCCAGACCUAGGAUCAAGAUGGAGUUUCUUAAAGUACCAAGUGAGACUGCAGUGACAAAGUCGAUUAUCCCAGCAAUAUAAUCAGCUUUGCCUGGGGAAUCUAUUUCUACUUUGUUUAUGCAGAAAGGAACAGAAUCUGAUGGAGAGAAACAGGAAAUGAAAAAGUUGAGAACUGGAAAGGAACUAACUCUGUGAAAAGAACUUUUAUGUUCCUUCAUGUUGUUUUUAUUUAAAGAAACUGAAUCAAGUACCAAACAUGGAAUAAAGGCAAACAUUCA